AUGAAGAAAGCAAAUGUUUAUCUUCUCCUCUCAAUCCUUCUCAUCACAAGUUCACCACUCUCUUCUGUUUCACAACUACUACCAUACCCCAGCUUGGGCACAAUCUUCAUUCGCGGUGUCUUACUUUGUAGCCUUGAAGGAGAUCCAAACGCACCUCCAGUCUCCGGAGCCAGCGUCUACUUGUUCUGUAACGGCCAAAACGUCACAGGCGCACAAGCAGUGACCGAUUUAAACGGUACCUUUGCCAUAGCGCUUGAAAUCAUACAAACGGUCUUGUUUAGCCUAAACAAUAUGUCAUGCCGUGUCGUGGCUAAUCUCCCGGCAGGAAACUGUGGAAUUUUCCCACCAAACGGCAUCGUCACAGCCUCGAUCAUGUUGCUUAACGUAACCUCAACCAGUGUCGGAAAUAUCAUCUUUUUUACCGCUGGUCCAUUCGUAGGAGGAGUUUUAUGA